AUGCAACAUUUAGACAAAUGUACAAAUGAAUACAACUUAAAAAGUUUAGUGCGUUAUAGGUUAUUAUCGGAGCCCGAAAUAUCAAACUUGCUAAAAACGACAAUAUCAAAUCAUUCAAUUCAAUCGUCACAUCAACAACAGCAACAACAGUCAUCUCAUAAUGAAGAGUCUUCAUCCGAUUUGGAUAUGCCAAAAAAUAAUAUGAAGGAUCAACAUAAUUCUGUAUGCACGAAUAAUGAUAAAAAGUCACAAAAUAGAAAUAAUAACACGAUUCAAACAUAA